CUUCCAUUGGGGAAGAAAUGCAUAUAUAGUUGCAUUUUCACCUAUUUAUUCGUAACCAGGACCCCAAAAUACAGGGAUCCUGAAAAUUUGAAAAUGAUCGGGCGCUGGGGCUUUUAGGAAGACCCCAAAAUACGUGGAUCCCGGAAAUUUGAAACUGAUCGGGUGUUUAGACUUUUCGGAAGUAUAUCCAAAUAUCUGUACUUUAUAGGGUCGAUAACGUUUCCUUCACUGCGUUCGAAAGAUGGACUGAAAUUUGUUUAUCCUCUGCAGGGGAUGAAAGCCAAACGAUUGGUUAACCGAACUAUCGCCCAGAACAAAUUAAAAAAUUCUUCGUUUUAUUAGAAAAGACAAAACUAAUACCUUAAAUUUGUCGACCAGUGUUAUACAAGUUGUCAAUGGCAACGUUAGCCAUAACAUAACACAACAAAUAUUGGUUAAAAAAAGUUUACUUCACAUUGGCCUUAACAUGGAGGAGCUUCACAAAGUUGGACUUUUUAUAGAUGAUAUCUAUAGACUGCGUGUUGAAAACCCUAUCCUACUCGGAAAUAAAAUAAAAGUUAAGCAAGAGUGCUUAAAAUACUCAAAAAAUCUUAAAAUUUUCAAAAAAUUAGCUUAUAAUUUUUGUAAAGUAUCUGAAUUGUUUGCAAAAGAUGUCGAUAAAGAAAAGCUACUCGGUAUUGGCACCCAGAAUCAGCUAAAAACCAUAUCUUAUCAGCGACAGAGUGAGCAGCAAGUUUUUCGGAACGAAAUUUUUGAACAAACGGUAGAACUAGAACGUUUAAAGAUGGAGUUACAAUAUAUGCAGCGAAUCGAAUCUGAUCAAAACGAAAUAAUAAACAAUUUUUUUGUAAAUCAAUAUUAA